CCUUGCUUUCGCUGCUUUUUCAGUGAGAGCUCUUCGCUGUUCUUUCUCUCUCUCUCUCUCUCUCUCUCUCUCUCUCUCUCUCUGCUGGUGCGUUUUUUUUUCUCUGUGAGAAUCGAUGGAAAAGAGACAAGGGUUUUUCUCAGCGUUGAAGGAGGAAGUGGUUCGGGGAUUGUCUCCGGCGAGGUCGAGAGCGAAGAGUCCGGCGAGGAAAGGCUCUUCUAUGUCGAGCCUUCUGCGGCGGAGAAAAGGCGGAGACCGCUCGACGGCGGCGGCGAAGAUGGAGCUGGUGAUCGCGAGAUCCGGAAGCUUCGUGCGGCCGUACCCGGAGGCUCUGUCUCCGUUGAAGGAAGGUCCCGAUCCGGAUGGUCCUGUAGACAGCAGAGGUCACCGGUGGGCUCACUGGCUCCCGAGGGCUCCCUCCGUGAGCUCCUCCGCGUCGUCGUCCGCUCCUGCUUCAGCCGUCGGAGAACGAUCUGAUUUGAGAUUGCUGCUGGGAGUUCUGGGCGCACCGUUGGCUCCUGUGCACGUCAGCGCAGCGGAUCCUCUUCCACACCUCACCAUCAAGGACACUCCCAUUGAAACCUCAUCUGCACAAUACAUAUUGCAGCAAUACAGAGCUGCAUCCGGUGGCCAGAAGCUUCAGAGCUCGGUCCAUAAUGCGUAUGCCAUGGGAAGGGUUAGGAUGGUUGCUUUGGAGUUUGAGAGCGCUAACAGAGUCGCAAAGACCCGAAACUUCUCAAAGGCCGUGGAGUCGGGUGGGUUUGUUCUGUGGCAGAUGAAUCCCGACAUGUGGUAUGUAGAGCUCGCACUUGGAAAAAGCAAAGUUCAUGCUGGCUGCAACGGGAAACUCGUGUGGAGGCACACACCUUGGCUCGGCCCCCAUGCUGCAAAAGGACCAGUGAGGCCACUACGUAGAGCGCUUCAGGGUCUUGACCCGAGAACAACGGCUAGUAUGUUUGCUAAUGCGAGAUGCAUCGGUGAGAAGAAGGUGAACGGAGAAGAUUGCUUUAUCCUGAAGCUCUGUGCAGAUGCCACAACUCUUAAAUCCAGAAGUGAAGGACCGGCCGAGAUAAUAAGGCAUGCGCUGUUUGGCUACUUCAGUCAGAAAACCGGCCUACUGAUCCAUCUUGAAGAUUCCCAUCUAACCCGAAUUCAGAACAAUGGAGGCGAAGCAGUGUAUUGGGAGACUACAAUAAACUCAUUCCUCGAUGAUUACAAACCCGUGGAGGGGAUAAUGAUCGCUCAUUCAGGUAGGUCCAUAGUUACAUUAUUUAGGUUUGGGGAGACGGCAAUGAGCCACACAAGGACCACAAUGGAAGAAGCUUGGGUGAUUGAAGAAGUUGCAUUUAAUGUCCCGGGCUUGUCGGUAGACUGCUUCAUCCCUCCU